GUCAAGGGGCUCUGACCUUGGGCGCCCGCUGCGUCCCGGCCGCGCUCAAGAUGGCGGAGCCGCCCUACAAGCCGGCGCCCCUCUUCCCGCGCCCGCCCCAGCUCGAGCCGGCCCAGUACGACGCCUCGCCCCGGCAGCGCGCCGCCGAGGCCGAGCGCGUGGCCAUCCGCUCCCGCCUCAAGCGCCACUACCUGCUGGAGCUCAACGACCCCCGGAGGACCAGCAUCGUGAGUGGGGGCGAGUCGGGGGUCGAGGGCAGAGGGCAGCGCGGCCCAAACCACACCUCCCAUCACUCCUUGCCCCCGGGCCUGGCAGCGAGGGAUGAUGGGAGUUGUAGUCCAACCGCAGCGGGAGAGAGACCCCCAAGUUUGGGGAAGAAGGCUGCUUUAGGGCCUUGGAGACCCCUAAGCUCAGUUUAAAAUGAAGGCAAGAGAAGGAAACGGGGGGAGGGGUCGGGGGGAGGGAGCAUUUUCUGAACUUCCAGUCAGCUGCAAGUUUGAAUAAUAAUAAUACAGUGGUACCUCUAGAUACGAACAGGACCCAUUCUGUAGCCCCGUUCACAUCUAGAAGCAAACGUAAUUUGCAACGGCACGUCUGCGCACACACACGUCGCCUUUUGCCGCUUCUGCGCAUGUGCAUAAUGUCAUUUUGAGCAUCUGCGCAUGCGCAAGCAGCAAAACCCAGAAGUAAUGCGCUCCGUUACUUCCAGGUUUCCGCAGAGCGCAACUCGAACGCGCUCAAUUCGAAGUGUAUUCAACCCGAGGUAUGACUGUAAUAGUAGUAGUAGUAGUAGUAGUUUAGUCAUUUAGUGGUGUCCGCCUCUUUGUGACCCCCUGGACCAGAGCACGCCAGGCCCUCCUGUCUUCCACUGCCUCCCGCAGUUUGGUCAAACUCAUGCUGGUACCUUCGAGAUCAUUGUCCCACCAUGCCUUGCCGUGGCGAAGGGGCUUGAAUAACUCGGAGAAGCUAUGAGCUCUGCCGUGCAGGGCCACCCAGAAUGGACAAGUCUUAGCGGAGAGUUUUGACCAAACGUGAUCCACCUGGAGCAGGAACCGGCAAGCCACUCCAGUAUCCCUGCCAAGAAAACUCCAUGGACAAAGACAACAGGCAUAUAAAAAAGUAGUAGUAAUAGUAAUAAGAAUAAUUUGUUACUUAUACUCCACCCAUCUGGCCGGACCACCCCAGCCACUUUGGGCAGCUCCCAACAGAAUAUUAAAAACAUGACAAAACAUUCCCGCUUUGACUGGGGUAUGUCUUCCUCUAUGUUCUGUAUGGGGUUUGCCAGGUGCUUUAUUGUUUAAAUAUUCAUACACACACACACACAUACAUAUGGGGUGUAUGGGUGCAAGAGGAGGGGUAUUACCUCUGGUGGGAAACACGCUGUGCUCCCCCCGGGGUAGUUUGUCCAUCUUUGGUCCCCACCCUGCACUCGGCUAUCACCUGUGGCUCCUAGAAGCUGUCAGCAGGCAACAGUGGCCACAGUCCGGGAACAGCUUUGAACAGUGGUCUAAACCAGGUGAGGGGAGCCAAUGGGCCUCAAACCCUCAGGGAGUAAGGGACUUUGCCUGCAUGCAAAGUCAGGCUCCUGCGGAUUGAGCAGACGAGACCAGUAGUGAGUCCAAUGGUCAAGUUGGUUUUUGCACGGGCUGUAGAGGGAAGUGAGGGGUAGAUGGGGCUCAUCCACCUGGGAAGAAAAUCCAUCUAGGAGAAGGAAAAUUCUGAUCCUAAAAUUCUGCUGUCUUGUGGGAUAUCUUCAGGAGAAAGAAAAGCUAAGGAGUAAGCCGUACACAAAUCCAGAGUGGAGUCCCUAAGACGGUUGGCUGGUGCCUUGGUGCACAUCCUUCUGCUGCAGCCACGCUGGUCCAAACAUAUUGCUCUGCUUUCCUUUGGACCACAUCAACAAUUGCAGGGUCUUGUCAUCUGGGCAGCCCAGGACCUCCAUACACACUGCUCAGGCUUGAGCCCAGGAGAGGACACUUCAGUGCUGCUAAUGCAGCGGUUUGACUUCACCCCCAGAGAUGCACUUCAUUGUCUCUCGAGAUAGAUGGAUGCCACACACACACACACACACACACACACUUAACAUAACCAGAGGUAGAGCCAUAGCUUAGUGGCUGGGGAUCUGCUGUGCAAGCAAAGGGUCCCAGUACGCAGCAAAAAAAACCAAUCUGCUAGCACAUUUGCAGAGCUAAGUAGAGUCUGCUGUGGUUUCAUACUGGGUGGGGGACGGCACGUUGAGAUUCCUGCAUUGCUGGGGUUUGGACUAGAUGACCCUUGGGGGUCCCUUCCAACUCUAUGAUUUAUGAAUUCCCCAACAUCUCCAGGACGCCUGCCUGAUGUUCCUGGGCUACAGCUCCCAUCAUCCCAGGGCUGGUGGUCAGAGAUGAUGGGAGUUGCAGUCCAGGUUGAGAAAGGCUGGCACAUAAACAGGACUGAGCUACAUGGACCGGUGGUCUGACUCAGCGUAAGGCAGUGUCCUAUGUUCCUUUCUGUUAUAAUUCACAUAUUAACAUAUUUCUGUUAUAAUUCACAUAAUUCCUUUCUGUUAUAAUUCCCCUGCAUAAUCCAGGGGAAACAACCCCACUCUUAUUAUCUUCUGCAUUUGCCUGUGGUUGCACUUUGUGCCUAAGAUGUACAGUAGAUUACAAGUGUCAAGGUGAGAGCUGACAUUACCUGGGUAGCGUUGGUUACAGCGCACAUUUGGGCAGAUGUUCACUAUCCUCUCUCUGCUUUAGGAUGACCCCGCUGUGACUCGUUGGGUUUACGCCCGAAUGUACAACGCCUAUCCUAAUUUCCGUGUUACCCCAAAAACUUCACUACUGGGAGCUGCUUUCGGACUAGGGCCCAUUUUUUUCUGGUGGUAUGUCUUCAAAACGGACAGGGUAAGGCUAUAAGUAUGUGAUCUUAGACAACUGUGUAGUGUGAGAUCCAGUAACUGGAUUUACUAGUAUAAAUGGUUUGCUGCACAGGAACACUAGGUUUCGGGAGAGGCAUAUCAUAAUGGGAAAUAUGCGUUCUGCUUGAUCACACCUUCCUCAGUCCCUUUCCCCUGUUAUUUUUGUAUCAAUCUGGGGACUCUUGACAAUUGACAACAAUUCUGAUUUUUUUGGCAUCCAAAACACUGGUUUCCAUAUUUCAGAAAUGUUGUUCAGUUAGCUUUUUUGGUGGGAAAGCUCUUGAUGUUCCUUCAGUGAUGCACAAAUAAUUGGAUAAAUUAAAGGUGGCAGGUUAUUGCAGAAAGAAAGCAGCUCAGUGAGUGGAGUAGGGGAUUAAAACCCUGCAAACAAUUGAAAUCAAAAACAGUAAUCAACCUUGCUCAUAAUUUUCAUUGUGUAGCAAUUGUUUUCCUGUUGCCAUUUAUUUAUUUUUAGGAUUUCUUGCCUGUCAUUCACCUUAAGAUCCAGGGAACGUUACAACAAAGCAACAAUAAAAUUUACAAUUGAAAAAACCAAACACAAUAAAACACCAAAAACACAAUAUAAAACGUAGACUAAAGGAAGUCCUUAACAUAAAAUAACUCAGCUGUUAGAAGCAGAUGAAGGGGUGUGUCUUCAGCAUAUGACAAAAGCAGUACAAUAAUGAUGCUCAACGUGCCUCUUUGGGGAUGGAAUUCCACAAUUGGGAGGCUGCAACAGAUAAUGCUUUGCCCGGGUCACUGCCUGGACUAAUGGUGCAGAAUUACCAAGGCGGCUCUCUGCUAAUUUUAACAUCCAAGAGGAGGAAACCUUUCAGAAAUUUGGGGCCCAAUUCGUUUAGGGCUUUGAACAUUAAGAAUAAUAAUAUCCUUGAACUGAGUCCAGGAACAAAUUGGGAACUGGUGCGGCUGCUUCAGAACAGGAGUUAUAUCAGUUCUAAAUUAGGCAUGGGCAAACUUGGCCCUCCAGAUGUUUUGGGACUACAACUCCCAUCAUCCCUGACCACUGGUCCUGUUAGCUAGGGAUGAUGGGAGUUGUAGUCCCAAAACAUCUGGAGGGCCAGGUUUGCUUAUGCCUGUUCUAAAUGGUACCCAGGAAGUAAUCUGGCAGCUGCAUUUUGGAGCCGUUGGAGAUUUCACACCAUCUUCAAGGGCAGUCCCACGUAGAGUGCACUGCAGUAGUCCUGGAGGCGUCCCAAGGCCAAGUAAUGAAGAGGCAAUAGCUGGCUAAUUAGCCAUAGCUGAAAAUAGUCACUGCUAACCACCAGGCCAUCUAACCCUCCACUGAUAACUGAUCCAGGAGUAGCCCCAAGCUGCAGCCUUCCUUUCAGAGGAGUGUAGCCUCUUCAAAACAGUCCAUCUCUCCAACUCUCACAUUCUAGAACUUAACAGCAUACAACACUUCUGACUUUCGUUAAAUUGCCCUGAAAUAUUUAAAUUGAAAGCGGGUGUAAAAAUACUUUAAUAAAAUAAAAUGUUUACUCAGAAGUCUCAUUGCUUGGGCUUAGUAUCUAGUUAGGGCUGCAGUCUUCUGCUAACUCUGUUGUCUUUGGGCAUCACUUUUGUUGGAGCAUUUCUUUACCCUUGCUUAGAUUGGUGAUUUUUUUUCCUGUUUUUGUUUUGCACAGGAUAGAAAAGAAAAGCUCAUACAGGAAGGCAAGUAUGAGCGACCGUUCCCUCUGUUCUAUUAAGUGUCCUGUACCUGCUGCUGAAGAGGCUUGUACUCCAUCUCUAACCUAUUUCAAAAUAAAUCUCAGUUAGAAACUGGUUUGUUUCCUUUGUAUUUCAAGUGCAGCACCUAAAAUAAAAUUUUUGUGUGUGUGCUGAAA